ACUUACUAAAGUCUCAGCAAGGGGGCGGUACCAACAGACUGUGUUCACUUCUCCCAAACGGCACAACGGUGCGCGUGUGCCGCAUUCGCUCAGCAUACAGCUGAGACGCGAAUAUCUCUUCAUUUACAUUCUUAGUCAAAAAUCAAUUUAAAUGUGAAGGAAUGUUAUUUGGCAUUCAUGAAUAAUUCGUCUCCAAACGACGCUUCUGGUAGCCUGUAGACGUAAAGAAACCACAUAGGUCUUCAGGAGGAAUCUCUUUGUUCAGCAUUUUCUGCAGUAAAAUACAAUAAAAUAAUCAAAUGGACAGCAUGGAUAAAGAGAACAAGUCGGACGAGGAAUUUGAAUCACCCGAGGAAGAGGAAGUGGAUCCAAGAAUCCAGAGAGAGCUUGAAAAACUUAACCAGUCCACAGAUGACAUCAAUCGAUGUGAAACUGAGCUUGAGGAUGCCAGGCAGAAGUUUCGCUCAGUGCUGGUUGAAGCUACACUAAAGCUGGAUGAACUGCUGAAGAAGAUCGGCAAAGCGGUGGAAGAAUCAAAACCAUAUUGGGAGGCCCGGCGGGUAGCGCGACAGGCUCAAUUGGAAGCACAGAGGUCCACGCAGGACUUCCAGAGGGCCACCGAGGUGCUGCGUGCGGCCAAGGAGACUAUCUCCCUGGCAGAACAGAGGCUCUUGGAAGACGACAAGCGGCAGUUCGACUCGGCCUGGCAGGAGAUGCUCAACCACGCCACGCAGCGAGUGAUGGAGGCGGAGCAGAUCAAAUCACGCAGUGAGCUGCAGCACAAAGAGACGGCAGCCAAGUACAAUGCCGCCAUGGGCCGUAUGAAACAGCUGGAGAAGAAGUUCAAACGCACCAUCAACAAGUCUAAGCCCUACUUUGAAAUGAAGGCAAAAUAUUACCUGCAGCUUGAGCAACUAAAGAAGAAUGUGGAUGAUCUGCAGGCCAAGCUCACGCAAGCCAAAGGGGACUAUAAAUCAGCCCUGAGGAACCUGGAGAUGAUCUCCGAUGAGAUCCACGAGCGGAGACGUUCAUCAGGCAUGGGCCCGCGGGAGAGAGGCGUGGGUUCAGAGGGCGAUGGUGUCAUCGCUGAGGAUCUCUCUGGCUUCAAAAUGGAGUCUGAUGGAAUAUCAAUGGCAUCUGGGUCCUAUGAGGACGAAAACUGCAGCUCCAGGGCUAUGUCUGAGGAAGACUCUGAGACUCAGUCCACCAGCAGCUUCAGCUUGGGGAUGAUCAGCCCUCUGGAUUUGCCAUGUCCCUUCUCUUCCUCGUCUUCCUCGUCGUCUGCCUCUCCGUCCUCCUCGUCCUCCGCCCCCUCCUCUCGUCCCUGCAGCCUCGAUCUGCCCGGCACCGUCUCACUGUCUGACUUCAGUCUGAUGUCUCCCAUCCUGGGCCCUCGCAGCGAAUGCAGCGGGGCCUCCUCCCCCGAAUGCGAUCUGGAGAGAGGCGACCGAGCCGAGGGCGCUGAAGCUGUACUGGACAACAGUCUCAACAACAACAGCGGCACCAAAACGACCUUUGGUCUAAAUAGUCGUUUUCGCCUGUUGUCACUAAAACUUAUCCGAACAGAAAGCAAAAAAAACACUGACCCUCUCAGUCUUACCCAGCACUCCUCCCCAACCACAAUCGUGCUCGACGGGGUGUGACCGCAGUAGCCGACACCGAUGUAUCCAUCUUCAUAACGUGCGUGCUAAUGCCACCCAUCAGCUUCUUCGGCAGCGUCACUUCGGUCCAUUUUCUCUCACUGUCCAGAAUGUUCUGCCAACUUUUGCUCGAUCUCACGGGUAUUUGGAAAGACUGUGACACGAUGUGCCGAAGAGAAAAAUCUUUUGAUCUUUUGGAGAACUGACUUAAAGCACUCUUAAAAGAAAACGAGUCAGAAGAUCAUGCAAAUGUUAUUAUUUAUUGUGAACACUAUUAUAACAUCUCACACAU